UACCCACCCAAAAUUUGAAAACGAUAAAAAUGGAGGGAAAAACCUCAAAAUUCUCAGGAGAGAAAGAAAGAACUACGUUUUCCCAAAUCGAAACGCUGCGAAAGCCCUAAUUUUUUUUUUUUUUUCCAUUUUUUCAAAAAUCGAUUCCAACUGGGUGGUUUUUUAACAACCAAAAAUGGAAGAAAUUCGAAGUCCGAACCCAUCAAUGAUCCAGAAGCAAAGGGUUCCGGUGGCUUCUCUCAUCCAGUCUCCAACCAGCCCUUUCUUCUUGGGUUCCAAUGACGACCAGCUCGAGCGUGCACAGGCACGCGCCGCCCGUGCUGCUGCCAUUCGCCGCAAAUCAGUUGCCGUUAACGCGCUUCCGCAGCAAGACUAUCAUGAUUCGUGCCUUGGCAAGCAGCAGAUCCUCGAGUUGUUCAACAAUUGCAUCAAACUCGCUAGUGAAAAUAAAAUAAAUCAGAAGAAUACGUGGGAAUUGAAUUUGAUAGACCAUUUGACAGAGAUUAUCAAAGUUGAAGACGAAAAUGAUACCGAGACGAAUUUUCAAAAGGCAAGCUGUACUCUUGAAGCUGGAGUUAAGAUUUACUCAUUAAGGGUGGAUUCCGUGCAUUCUGAAGCAUACAAGGUCCUCGGUGGGAUGAACAGAGUGGGUCAAGAAAAUGAACAAGAUACAUCUGUGGAGGAUGCCAAGGUUGACAAUGGACAAGAUGGAGAUAAUUCAAAGAAAGUUACAGACAGAAAGAUCUCACCUUUGUCAACUUUGGAAUCAUCUUUUGAAGCUCUCAAUGUAAAAAAGUUUGAUGUUGCUUUCACAGUGGAUCCACUCUAUCACCAGACAUCUGCUCAAUUUGAUGAAGGUGGAGCAAAGGGUCUUUUGAUGAAUAAUCUUGGAGUAUAUGGUGGAUGCAGAGUUCUUUUUGAUUCACUGGAAGUACCAGGGAAGUGCAUAUCGUGUAAUGAUCAGCACGAUAAAUCAGAUACAAUUGAUCUUUCUUUUGCUAGAGAAUAUGUUGAACAGAUGGUAGUGAGCAUGCGAAUGAAAGAUGAAAUUUCACCAACUCUUAGGAAUAUAGUCAAUCGGUUUGAUGAAGAUAACAGAAGACCUUCAGAUUUCCAGUCUUCUGGGUAUAAAUCAGCAGACGAUGCUAUUUAUAAUGAUGAAGUUGAGUUUGAUGGUGUUGAUGGUGAUGAAUUUAACGACUCUGCAACCUGGAGUCACGAUCAUGGUGAUGAAACAACAAUGGUUGAUGAGGGUCUUAAUUAUGCAGAUUCUACUUUUCCAGAUUAUCAUCAGGAAGAUGGACCAUGUUCUCUCCAUGACCCUGAUAUUGAUGACAGAUUCGAGAAAGUUGAUGGGUAUUUGUUCUUUAACCUAGGAUUUACUUCAAACCAAAAUGCUUGGGCAGGGCCUGACCAUUGGAAGUAUCGAAAAACUAAAGGUUUGGAGGUUAAUCUUCCUAAAGAAAAUGGAUCACCAAUGACAACUAAGCGGAAAAAGAGUAAAAAACAGGCAGACCUUGAACUUGAUUUCACAAAGGCCUUAGAAAAGGAGAUGUCAGAUAUCUUUGCUCCUCCUAAAAAUCCCAAGUCAUUGCUUAUGCCAGCAAAUAGAGCACCCUGUAAUACAAAACUUCCCGAGGAUUGCCAUUAUCAACCAGAGGAGCUUGUCAAGUUAUUUCUCCUUCCUAACCAGAUGUGUAUCAGGAGAAAAGGCAAAAAUUUCUCAGAUGAAUCAAGACAACAAUACGAUGAUUACGGACAAUUACCCUUGUGGGAUGAUGAAAGCGUACCCGGUGGCCAAUAUGAUGAUGGAAUCGUUCAUAGUGAUGUGGAGGACUCCAAUGGACUCGUUUCUCAGCCUCGCCAGGUGAAUAAAAUCGAAGUACAAUAUGACAAAACUUCUAAACAAGUUGACGUCCAGGCUUUGAAAGAAACCCUGUGGGACCACAUAAAAGAUUCUCAUCAAACAUCUGAUCGGGAUCAAGAAGAAUCGGUAUCUUUCAGGCAAACAUUGGCCAAGUUUCCUAGGGAUUGCCAAGCCGCUGCAACUAUCAACGACAUCUCUCCUCACUUGUGUUUCAUAUGCCUGUUGCAUUUAGCUAAUGAGCAUGGGUUAAGCAUCCAAGGAAACACCAACUUGGAUGACCUUACUAUAUACCAUUCUCAUUCUGAUACGGGUGAAAAAGUCUAGAGCCUUGUCUACUUCAUACCUUACAGAUCUUAUGAAGAAGCUUUUUCCUUUUCAUGCUGUGGUAUUGAAAAUGGUGAAGCCUAGCUCACAAACCCAAUGUAAUAGUUUUUAUGUAAGAGCAUAGUAGUGUUUAAAUAUUGUAUUUUUCAUCA